AUGUCUCAAUUUGGGGAGUUUUAUGAUACUUAUCUGGUUGACAAUAACCAACAAUACGAUACUGACUUCAAUAAGUCUACAAACACACCGAAUGUACAAUCAGCACAACGAAACGACAACAGAAUCCCAAGUAUAAAUAUAAAACAAGAGGGUUAUGAUUCAGUAUUGAGUGGCUCACUAGAUGUGAAGAAACAGUUAUCACAGUCACUCAACAAUGCAGGAGUAGGAAUUGGUAGUAGCUAUGGAAAUGGAGGAAUAUCAAAGCCCCAAUCCAGAAGGAACUCUACACACAUCAAAUCACGUGAAGGAAGUGACAAUGAGGAUGAUGAUGAUCAGAAUGAUAAAGAUGUUGGUAACGAAAGGAAGCGUCGGGAUAACAUCAAUGAUAAAAUCCAGGAGUUACUAACAUUGAUACCCUCAGAAUUCUUCCAAAGUAAUACAGAUAGUAAUACUAAAGCAGGCACUAAAGUAGCUAAAGAGAAUAGCCCAGAUGAAGACUCGAUGAAAAACUCAGGUACAAAGGAUGGGAAACCAAAUAAAGGGCAAAUUUUAACCAAGUCUGUGGAGUAUUUGCAGUAUUUGCAAAACUUAAUUGACGAAAAUAAUAGAAAAGAGGUCGAACUAAUUAUGCGAUUAAAGACCUUGGAACUAAAAACUUCCAAUAGACUGAAGGGGAAUAUCCCUAUUAGAGUUGGUUACACAAGUGCAGAAAAGGCACUUGGAGAAAUAGGGGUUGGCCCAUGUUCCGAAGAGUAUUUCAAGAAUGUGUUGAUCAAAAGUGCAUCCACAAGUAAAUCAGGAAGACGAGGAAGUACAAGUGGAUAA